AUGUCGCUUAGUCGUAUUCUCAAUGAUGACCCACUGCCAAGGGGCCACACACCAUACGUAGGGCCAUCGCAUUCGACCACGGGAGACGCCCCAAGGUCUCCUUCUGUUCCUCUCGCCUCUGCGGGGUACUCGUACUCCUCACAGCAUCGUACCCGGGACCCCCAAUUUUCGCGGACCUAUAAUCAUCCUGUUGGGACAUUGCGUCAUGCCCCAACCCACCAAGAUUCAGGAGACUGGACUCGAGAAGGGUUCUAUCGUCGCUCCGGUGAAAGCCAUUCCCUAUCUGGGAAGGAGUACGAGUACGGCCGUGGUCGGUCAGACGUGGCUCGCCACUCUCGUGUACAGGGAGAGGACCCUGAGGACACCAUGCGGAAAAGAUACAAGGGGGCCAACGAGGAUUCUGAUUAUCGGCUAUCUGGGCAGCGCAAGAUGAGCCAACAAGCGCGGCGAGAUGAACGAGCGCGUCCCGGUUCUCCACUGAGCGAUAUGCUGGAUGGGGAAUUGGUUCGACAACCAGACGAGGAAGAGCGCAGGCUAGCUUCAUCGGAUCUGGAUGACUGUGAAGAAGUUUGGAUUGGCGAGCUUAGCGAUUAUAUUCUAGAGACAAAGAAACGUCAGAACCAGGUCGCGCAGUACUUUUGGGCAAGCGUUCUGGAGCGAAACUCUACUACUGCACAAGAAAUGUCGCGUCAUUAUGCCGCAAAAAUUGCUAACAUACCCCUUCCGCAUCCAUUGUCCCCACACAAUCUUGUUCGCCCCCUCAACGAGGAGGCUACAAAUGCACCUUUCGUUCCAUAUGGUUCCGCGAACAGACCCUCGGCACGUCGUGAACGACGCAACUCAAACGCAAGCGCUGAAGACGCCGUCAAUGAGUUUGAAAUAUACAUUUUUGGAGACUCAAAGUGGAAGGGAAAGGGCACGGAGACAAGAAAGCGGGCCGUUCCAGACAUCCCGUCAUAUUCUGGAAGCGACGUAGAAUCACCGCGACAAGCGGGUUCGGCUCCGCCUCCCGUCAAGAAGAGGAAACUUGACGAUGGAGCGGCUCAUUUUCCAGAAGGUAUUGAGCGUUCUGUGGGGGUGGAUACCUUUUCAGCUCCACCUGUGAAACCCUCGAUCUCUUCAAAAGGCAAAGGCAAAGGAAGGCAAACCCAACGGGAAUUAAGCCAUGACAGUGUAUCAAUGACUCCGAAACUGCCCCGCAAAAAGCCAGGCCCUAAGAAAAAGCUGGGGCUGGCCUCGGAGCUCGAGAACGACCUGGUAUCUCAUCCGCCAUCCAUCUUAGGUGAUAUCACUCCAGCUUUAUCGAGACCUACUUCUCCCGGUCCUGCAGGUAUAGCUGUGAUCUACGAACUAGAGGAAUACGUUCAGCCUCUCAAGAAAGCAAAGAAGAUCGACGACAACGCCAUGAUGAAGCGCAUUAAAUCUUUGGACGACGCCCAGCGAAAAGUUUGGACCAACAUCGCUCGUCGCGAUGUUGCCAAGGUUUAUAAAUAUCAUGCUCUCGGUUACCAAACACGACAAUCUCAGCUAGAGCGGAUGGCAAAGCUCGCCUCUAUCCAGGCUCGUAAACCAUUCACGAAGACGGCAAAGGCUAACAAGGAUACGCAAGCUAAAGCUAAACGCUUGAUGCGCGAAAUGCAGGUGUUCUGGAAGAAAAAUGAGAAAGAGGAGCGAGACGUGCGCAAGCGUGAGCAAAAAGAAGCGAUGGACCGUCUCAAGCUUGAAGAAGAAAAGCGCGAAGCGGCCCGACAAGCGCGGAAGCUUGAGUUUCUCAUCAGCCAAACUGAGUUAUACAGUCACUUCGUUGGAAGCAAACUCAAAACGAGUGACAUUGAAGGAGAGGAGAGCCUUCCUGUUCCAGUUGGUGCUCAACUUGAAGACGAUAACUCUGCUAUUCUUCCGGAGAUUAAUUUUGACGAUGAUGAUCCUACAAAUCUACAUCGCCAUGCAAGACUCAACGCACAGGAGGCGGUUGCUCUGGCAAAACAAAGAGCGGAACAGUUCGACACGCAAGCCGCGUUAGAGAGGAAAACAAAUGAAGCUUUAAAGUUAGCCAAGGCUCAAUCCCACAUUCACGAAGAAACGGAAGGAUCAAGUUCCAAGACGCCUCUAGUAGAUCUCGACUCUGACGAGUUAAAUUUCCAGAAUCCGACAUCGCUAAGCGGGCCGUUGACAAUUGAGCAACCCAAAAUAUUGAUGGCUCAGCUCAAGGAGUAUCAGCUUAAAGGUUUGAACUGGUUAGCCACCCUGUACGAGCAAGGGAUCAACGGGAUCCUCGCAGAUGAGAUGGGUCUUGGCAAGACAGUCCAAUCGAUCUCCUUAUUGGCCUAUCUUGCAGAAGCACACGAUAUAUGGGGUCCCUUUCUUGUUGUUGCUCCAGCGUCCACACUCCACAAUUGGCAACAAGAGUUGACCCGCUUUGUUCCAAACUUGAAAGCACUCCCUUAUUGGGGCAAUGUCAAAGAUCGAACGACACUACGGAAAUUCUGGAGCAAGAAAGAAAUCAGUUAUAAUCAAGAUGCGCCCUUCCACGUUCUUAUAACAAGUUAUCAACUGGUCACGCAAGACCAGCAAUACUUUCAACGUGUCAAGUGGCAGUACAUGAUUCUCGACGAGGCUCAAAACAUAAAAAAUUCGGCGAGUGUAAGGUGGAAAACACUUCUGGGUUUUCAAUGCCGCAACCGACUGUUGCUCACGGGGACUCCGAUACAAAACUCCAUGCAGGAACUUUGGGCUCUCCUUCACUUUAUCAUGCCGAGUCUCUUCGACUCUCAUGACGAGUUCAACGAAUGGUUUUCGAAAGACAUAGAGAACGCUGCAGAAAACAAAGGGAGCAAACUCAAUGAACACCAACUGCGACGUCUUCACAUGAUUUUGAAACCCUUUAUGCUGAGGCGAGUUAAGAAGCACGUUCAAAAUGAACUCAGUGAGAAGAUUGAAAUUGACAUUUAUGUCGAUUUGAGUCCCAGACAGCGUGCUCUCUAUACAGCAUUAGUUUCAAAAGUUUCUGUUACGGAUCUCUUGGAAAAAGCGGCCAACAUCGGCGAUGUUGAUUCUGCCCGCUCCUUGAUGAACCUUGUAAUGCAAUUCCGAAAGGUAUGCAACCAUCCAGAACUAUUUGAACGAGCAGAUGUCGUUGCACCGUACUCCUUCUCUCGAUUUGGUCAAUCACGAUCGCUUUUGAGGGAGGGAGAUUCUAUCUUCCUACCAUAUUCCUCUCGUAAUCCCAUCGAAAUUUCUAUCCCUCAACUUCUCUAUCAAGACGGAGGUCUCAUAGAUGUACCAAGUGAUGCAUUAGCACCAGUCACCAGCUUGAGUUGUUUGACUAAGCUAUUCAACAUUUGGUCGACCAACUGGAUCCAUCAGUCUCUUUAUGACGAAGUGUCGUCUUCGUUUUCCUUCCUUCGUUUGACUGAUGUGACACCACAAGAUGCUCACUUCCUCCACGUUGCCCCCCUUCUUCAAAGACGGCUGCAUGGCGUUGGAGAAGAGAUAAGAUCGUCUGAAGCAUCUCGCUAUUCAUUCGACGCUAAGCCUGCCGCCUAUUUCUUGCGAAUGUCGUCACCACUGUCGCUUCGCGGCCUCUCUACAGCAGUGGACUUGCCUGCUCUUUCAUCCAUUGCAACGACAAAUUGGACGAAUUGUUGUUUGUCCAGACCCGCAAUGAAAUGGUUUAUUCCGCCGGUCGUUGCCCCUCCCAUUUCAAUACAUUGUGUUGAUCGUACCCUCGUUGAAUCCCAGACGCGGUUCUUUGAAGCGCCUCUAGAGUCGUUAGCUCUAUAUGGGCUACCACGUCAUUUGCAGGACUCAGACGAUUCCUGCAGGAUGUAUCACAACCUUAUCCCUGCUGUUCCACCUGCUGGGCUUAUAAAUUCGUCUCCUUCAGAUCAGCUUCCUCGGUCAAACAUGGUAGUCCCCGAGGCAAAGAGACUUAUAUACGACUCCGCCAAGCUUGCUCGCUUGGACUCACUGCUACAAGAACUCAAAGCUGGUGACCACCGUGUUCUGAUCUACUUUCAAAUGACCAGGAUGAUGGACUUGAUGGAGGAAUACCUGAUUUAUCGUCAAUACAAAUACCUACGUUUGGAUGGCUCCUCAAAACUGGAAGAUCGAAGAGAUAUGGUAAUCGAUUGGCAGACACGACCCGACAUUUUCGUAUUCCUUCUUAGCACUCGUGCUGGUGGUCUUGGAAUAAAUCUCACCGCGGCUGAUACGGUCGUUUUUUAUGAUCAUGAUUGGAACCCUUCAAACGAUGCUCAGGCUAUGGACAGGGCCCAUCGUCUUGGCCAAACUCGGCAAGUGACAGUGUAUCGCCUAAUUACCAAGGGUACCAUAGACGAGCGCAUAAUCCAGUUGGCGCGCGUAAAGAAAGACGUUCAAGACAUCGUUGUCGGGAACAAGAACUUUACAGAUGUGACAAAGCCAAGCGAGAUUGUCCAGCUCCUUCUUAAUGACGAGCAAUUGGCUUCCUUUGACUCUGCCGCGGGACUCGCGUCAAACACCAAGGGAAAACAAGCGGGGGAGACAAGGGAUCCCGACUCUGUCCGAGAUCUUUGGAAUGACGAAGGGGACGAUUUCUUUGGACACGCAGCGUCUCUUGCGACCAAAGCGGAUGAAGAGAAUGGACCUUCGGCUGCCCCAGCCGCGCGAGGCAAGAAACGGAAGUCGACGACAACUCGCGCCCCUCGUGGUCGUCCGAAGAAAAAGGGUCCUGGACCGUAA